AUGGAUUAAGAGAGGCCAAAUGUUGAGACUAUCAAGUGUGUGGUGGUUGGAGACAAUGCAGUUGGAAAGACCCGUCUUAUCUGUGCCCGGGCCUGUAACGCAACGCUUACACAAUACCAGCUACUUGCCACACAUGUGCCCACUGUCUGGGCAAUAGAUCAGUACAGAGUCUGCCAGGAGGUUCUAGAAAGGUCCAGGGAUGUGGUGGAUGAUGUCAGUGUGUCAUUGCGUCUCUGGGACACUUUCGGUGACCAUCACAAGGACCGCAGAUUUGCGUAUGGCAGGUCUGAUGUGGUGGUGUUGUGUUUCUCCAUUGCAAACCCAAACUCACUCCACCAUGUGAGGACGAUGUGGUACCCUGAGAUCAAGCAUUUCUGUCCCAGAGCUCCUGUUAUCCUAGUGGGCUGCCAGCUAGACCUGCGGUACGCCGACCUGGAGGCAGUGAACAGAGCUCGCCGGCCACUGGCCAGACCCAUUAAAUCCAAUGAGAUAUUGGCGCCAGAGAAAGGCCGUGAGGUGGCUAAAGAACUAGGCGUCCCUUAUUAUGAGACCAGCAUAGUUGCUCAGUUCGGGGUUAAGGACGUUUUCGACAAUGCUAUCCGAGCAGCCCUCAUUUCCCGUCGUCAUCUCCAAUUCUGGAAGUCACAUUUACGAAAUGUUCAAAGGCCACUCCUCCAAGCCCCCUUCCAUCUUGCCCACCGCAUCUACCUCGCCACAUCCUCCUCCAAGUUCUACGACCUCUUCUUGACCGAACCUCGGGGUCCUGAGGAGAUCGAACGGGAGCGAGAACGACCCCGAGGGCCACCGCUUUCUGGCCGCGAUUUGCUGAUGCGCGCAGCUAGUUUUGACGUUUGUGAAAGUAGUGACGAUGGAGAUAGAGCAAACUUGCGUGCCUGCACCAGUGAUGGAACUCUAAAAGGCGACGGAGAUCGUCGCGGUCGUCUGCUCCCAGCCUUGAGUCGUGCUUUCAUUAGCAUCCAAGAAGAAAUGGUGGAUGACCCCGUCACCUUCAACCCUAGAAAAAUGACCGUUGUUCACAUGGACCCUUCAAUGCAGCCCGGUCCAUUCCGAUCUGUGUUGCGGUACCUGUAUACAGGUAAACUAGAUGAGCGGGAGAAGGAGCUAAUGCAGGUGGCCCACAUCGCAGAGCUGCUGGAAGUGUUUGACCUGCGUAUGAUGGUGGCUAAUAUCCUGAACGAUGAGGCCUUCAUGAAUCAGGAGAUCACCAAGGCCUUUCACGUGAGACGCACCAAUCGAGUGAAAGAAUGUCUGGCCAAAGGGACCUUCUCUGAUGUGGUGUUCAGGUUGGAUGAUGGCACCAUCAUGGCCCAUAAACCACUGCUUAUCUCAAGCUGUGAUUGGAUGGCAGCCAUGUUUGGUGGACCAUUUGUGGAGAGUUGUACAAAAGAGGUGCUGUUUCCAAACACUACGCGGAGCUGCAUGCGUGCUGUGCUGGAGUAUCUCUAUGCUGGCUGCUUCUGCUCUCGCCCAGAUCUGGAUGCCAUGGAACUCAUUGUUCUUGCAAACCGUCUCUGUCUGCCUCACCUGGUAGCGCUGACAGAGCUGUACACUGUGAAGGUACUGACAGAAGCUGCCAUGAUGGGAGCUGAUAUAGAUGGAGAUGUUCUGCUCUAUCUGGACAUGGCCCAGUUCCACUGUGCUCAUCAGUUGACUGACUGGUGCCUCCAUCACAUCUGCACCAACUACAACAGAGUCUGUCGCAAAUUCCCUCGAGACAUGAAGGCCAAAUCUACAGAAAACCUGGAGCACUUUGAGAAACAUCGCUGGCCUCCAGUGUGGUAUCUAAAGGAAGAAGAUCACUAUCAGCGGGCACGCAAGGAGCGUGAGAAGGAAGAUUACCUGUACCAAAAGCGUCAGUGUAAACGCAAGUGGCUCUUCUGGAAUCUACCGUCCUCCAAUUCUCCGUCUUCUCCUGGUUCUUCUGCAGUCAUCUGAUCGGCUCUCAGGGUGCAUGACCCACCUAACAACCAUAAAUGUGGGAUAUAAAAACAAGGAAUGAUAGCCUUUUUCAACUCUAUAAGAUGACCUAUUCACAUUUUCUGUUGAGCAAAAUGCCCAAGCCCUGCUUUUAGCUGCUGAAGAACAAGCAAAAAUGAAACAGGAUGGAGAACGCAAGUCAAAGCAACACAAGGCUUUGACUAAAAGCACAUUGCUGAGUCUUUCUACUGGUUGGAUUUUUCAUCAAAUCAGCUUUGACAUCCUCCUGUGACAUCAUAUCCUGCGGUAUUAGAGCGCUGCACAGUUUGCUGUUAAAAGACAAUCUUCGCUCAGCAUCGGUUCCCCAAACAUAACCAUAUCUUCAUCUGUAUAGAAACAUGCAUGGCAGGACUGCACAUAUUCAUAACUUGAAAUGCUAAUAAGUGCUUUUCAGCUCUAAAGGACGAGAACACCGGAACGUUUUAGAGCAACCAGCAAAUAUAAUCUACAAUCAAACCACUUCAACAGACCGAUGUUCUCAAGAUUCAAAUGGUGUCCACCGUUCAAUAUCUAAAGGUAUUAUUAAUUUAAAGGUUGAUGGUUCGUGGAGUGCCACAAGCGGACGUGACUCCACAGAACCGCAUCAGUCCAUAGCCAUGUUGUGGGUUGAAUGUGAGUUAAGCUCCGUUGACAGCAUCUGGAAUAACGUUGAUUACCACAGAAAAUGAUAAUCAUUGGUACUUUAAGGCAUUUACAGUGGAAAAACACAGGGCCAGGAAAUAGACAUUAAAAAUGCAUACUGUACAGACAAAGUACAAGACUUAAAGUUGCAGUGAAGUAGCGACUUUUCUUCUGAAUUGAGAUGCACAUCUGAAUGAAAUGGAUUAUCGAGAAAAAAAAGAAAAAAAAAGUAGGGCAUAGACUUGGUUCUAGGCAUUGGCUGGAUGGAGGCAGAUAUUCUUGAUGUUGUUGCAGCAGUAAAUCUGACACUGCAAUAAAAAGAUAGAUAGAUAGAUAGAUAGAUAGACAGACAGACAGAUAGAUAGACAGAUAGAUAGAUA